AUGACGACGUCCUGGCUGACGCUCGACCGGUGCGCGAACUGCGGCAGCCAGGACGCGUCGUGCAAGAAAUGCGGCGCGUGCCUCGCGGUCGCGUACUGCGACCGCGAGUGCCAGUCCACGCAUCGCGCGCUCCAUCGCGAGGAGUGCGACGCGGUCGUCGCGAUGCGGCGCGCGGACGACGACGCGCGCGCGUUCACGCUCGCGAUGCAGCGCGCGGAGCGCGAGGUGCACUCCGGUCGCCACGUCGCGCUGUACGAGCGCGCUAUGAUGCACGGCGUCCGCGCGGUCGACGCGUACAAGUCGCUCGGCCCUCGCGCGUUCGCGCGAACAGCGAGCGCGCUCGUGAACCUCGCCGAGUGCUCGCACCAGCUCGGCCGCGUCGCCGAGGCGCUCGAUCGCGCGCGCCGCGCGGAGGCGGCCGCGAACGACGACGUCGACGUCGACGCGCCGCCGCCGCUGUGGUUGCGCGUCCACGCGAACGACAUCUCCGCGCCGCGCGGGUGGAAGGGGGGCGACGUCGCGCAGGUGCUGCAUCUCUUCGCGCUCGCGCACGCGAUGCACGGCAAGGUGCUGUGCUCGCCGGGCGGCUUUCAGGCGCGCGGCGGCGACGCGUCGUCGUGGUUUCGCGAGUGCGCGUGGCGGCUGCGCGACGCCGCGGAACAGUUCUCGAUGCUCGCGCGAAAUGGGUAUCCGAACCUGCGCGCGAACGCGGUGGACGCGUUGUUUCACUUCGCGGACGCGUGCGCGCGCGCGGCGAGGAUGAACGCGGGCGCGGGCGCGGGCGCGAGGGCGGAGGACGUGAUCGACGCGCGAGACGCGACGCGGCGGCCGCCUUCGAGCGACGAAGCGAAGAAUAACGACCCGGACGCGGACGCGGACGCGGACGCGGACGCGGACCCGCCGUCGUUUCUGGACGGCAUCGGGGAGGACGCCGCGGGGACGUUCGAGGGCGUCAUCGCGCACGUGGUGGACGCGGCGCUCCAGUACGCGCGCGAGGACGUCGGCGAGGAGGGGGCGGAGCGGUUGGAACACGCGUACGCGGCGGCGGCGUACGCGACGCGAGGGCUGCCGAGAAUGCGGUGCGUUCUAUACACUGGUCCCCAUACGACCCCGUCGGCGUGGUGA